GCCGAGACGUUGGAGACCGUGACAAUUCUAGAACUUUUGGAGGUCCUCGUCCUCAAGGCGACGAGCCGAAGAAAUCAUCGUCUCCGUAUUUUGUUUCUUCAGUAUCUGAAGCAGGAAGCGACAAGGUGAAGAAGAACAAACCAUUUUCCUUUUCCCGUGAAAAGUCUACUGCAUCUACAAAGUUCACUGGACC